GAUGUAUGUCAGUACCGUGCUUGUUGUACUUCGCGCAAACCAUCUCAAACCAUGUUCACCGCGAAUUGGUGGAUAAAUGCCAUCACGCCGUGUACGAUAAUAUUUACAAUCACAUAUUAUUUCUGCGUGUCGACCUUUAAGAAAUGGGAAAAGCUCAACGUGCCCUGCAUUAAACCGAUUCCGUUGUUCGGAAACUUUUGGGAUAUAGCACUGGGCAAAGCCCACCCGUUGGAAUUUUACGGCAAAAUCUAUAACGAGUUCUCCGGACGCAAAUAUGGAGGGCUGUACCAGAUGAGGACGCCUUAUCUAAUGGUUCGCGAUCCUGAAAUGAUCAACGACAUGCUGAUAAAAGACUUCUCCUCAUUCCCCGACCGCGGUAUUUACUCGGAUUUCGUGGCGAAUCCGUUGUCCAACGGUUUGUUCUUCAUGGAAAAUCCACAGUGGAAAACAAUAAGAAACAAAUUGACGCCCGCUUUCACGUCGGGGAAACUCAAGACGAUGUACGAUCAGAUCAAAGAGUGCGGUGAUGAGUUAAUGAAAACCAUCGAUAUGGAUCUGAUCAAAAACGGCAACGAAAUAGAAAUAAGGGACAUCAUGGGAAAGUAUUCGACCGACGUCAUCGGCACUUGCGCUUUUGGGCUCAAGUUGAAUGCCAUAAACGAUGACGAAUCCCCAUUUCGUAAAUACGGAAAAUCCAUAUUCACACCUUCCCUAAGGACGCUUUUCAGAGAACUGUGUUUGUUGGUCAGCCCUGCACUUUUGAAAGUCGUAAGAGUAAAGGAUUUUCCGACGGACGCGACCGACUUUUUUCACGCGGUGUUUAAAGAAACGAUAACGUAUAGACUAGAAAAUAAGAUAGUCAGAAACGAUUUUGUCCAAUGUUUAAUACAAGCGAGAAAUGAUUUAGUUUUGAAUGCAGAUUUACCCAAGCAUGAAAAAUUUACAGAAUCACAAAUCGUAGCAAAUGCUUUUGCAAUGUUUGCUGCCGGUUUUGAAACUGUAUCUUCUACUAUAAGUUAUUGUUUAUAUGAAUUAGCGUUAAAUAAAUCUAUUCAAGACAGACUACGCAAAGAGAUUCAACUAAAAUUGUCCAAAAAUAAUGGACAAAUUAACCCCGAAUUUUUGAUGGAUCUUAAUUAUUUGGAUAUGGUUAUAGCAGAAACACUCCGUAAGUAUCCUCCACUGGUUGCUUUGUUCAGAAAAGCAUCACAAACAUAUCGAGUACCCGACGAUUCGUUAAUAAUUGAAAAGGGCCAAAAAAUAAUAAUUCCAAUUUAUGCAUUACAUUACGAUAGUAAGCAUUUCACGGACCCCGAAAAGUUUAAUCCUGAAAGAUUUUCGGCUGAAGAAAAAGCAAAUCGGCCAAAUGGUAUUUAUCUUCCGUUUGGUGAUGGACCUCGAAUUUGUAUAGGAAAACGUUUCGCCGAGAUGGAAAUGAAACUGGCAUUUGUGGAAAUGUUAACCAAAUUUGAAGUAUUUCCAUGUGACAAAACAGAAAUUCCUCUAAAAUAUUCUAAUAAUGUUAUAACAUUGGUACCAAAAAAUGGAAUUUGGCUAACAUUUAAAAGAAUUAAUUGACUAAAGAUUUUAUUAAUAUUAUAUUACGGAAUAAUAAAAAAACCCUUAGUAUUUAAUUUAAGCGUGAACCGAAGAAAGUUGAUUGGUUUUUUAUUUUAUUUUUUGUUUUUACUUUUUAGAUAUUUUAACAUCAAUUUGUGCUAUAAAUAAAAAUAUGUCAUACCUAAUAUUAAAUUUAAGAUAAUAUACCUAAUGAAUUUUUUUUAUAAUAUUGUACCUACGAAACAACAGAAUAAGAAUCACUAUUUUAUAAUUAAAUUUCCAAUCUCGCCGAAUAUAAACUUGAAAUGUGUGUGAAAAAAAUUAUGCAUUUAUAUUUUUUUAAUUUUUAGGUUUCUGAAAAAAUCUACUUAUUAUCACUGCUUAUCCUGAGCCGUACACAUAUAAAGUUCAAACCUGUAAACUGUAGUGACAGGUAUUUAAGUUCAUAAUUGCAUUUGAAAUUAAAAAUGUUAUAUAAAGAGUACUUAAAAGAUAAUAUAUUUAUAUUAUUGUGUGUUAUGAUAAAUUAUU